CCGCGUGCGUCCUCCUCCUCCUCCUCCUCCCGGUCCUCCUCCUCCUCCAGGCCGCCCUCCGGGAUGGACGGGAGGCCGCGGCUGCUGCCGCCGUCCCCGAACUGGUACUGCGGCCGGUCCAGCGAGGCCGGGCCCGGGGGGCUGUUCGGCUUCGCCGCCAGGACCUCCGUCUUCCUCCUCGGGGUCGGGCCCGGGAACAACGGACACUCCUUCCGCGUUCUAGGGGAAUUGGUGGGACACACGGAAAGGGUUUCCGGCUUCACGUUUUGUCAUCAUGCGGGACAGCCUAUUCUCUGUGCUAGCAGCUCUGACGAUGGAACGGUGAAAAUCUGGGAUGUAGAAACCAAGGCGGUUGUGACAGAACACACUCUCCAUCAGAAUACCAUCUCCGCCUUGCAUUGGUCACCGCGAGUAAAAGAUUUGAUUGUAUCAGGGGAUGAAAAGGGAAUAAUCAUUUGUUACUGGAAUAACAGAAAUGACAACCAGCACUUUUUCCCAGAACCACGGACAGUCUUCUGCCUCACUUGUUCUCCUCAUCAUGACGAUUUAGUGGCCAUUGGAUAUAAGGAUGGCAUGGUGGUUAUUAUUGACAUCAGCAGGAAAGGAGACAUCGUCCACAGGCUGAGAGGCCACGAUGAUGAAAUUCACGCCAUAGCAUGGUGCCCCGUGCUUGGUGAAGAACGGUUGUCCAGGUGGCAAGAUGAGAACCCAGAAGAACAAGAGGUUUCAAGUGAAGAAAAAAUUCAGCAGUCAGCAAUAACGAAAGACUGUUACCUGGCCACUGGAAGCAAAGAUCAGACCAUCCGGAUCUGGAGUUGUUCUAGAGGCAGAGGAGUGAUGACAAUGAAGUUACCGUUUCUGAAACGAAGAGGAGGGGGCGUGGAUCCAGCUGUGAAAGAGCGGAUUUGGUUGACUGUCCACUGGCCCUCCGCCCGGCCCACACAGCUGGUAUCCAGUUGUUUUGGAGGCGAAUUGUUGCUCUGGGACCUCACCCAGUCAGGAAAACGGAAGUGCAGUCUCUUUGGUUCUUCAUCGGAGGGACAGAAUCACUCAAGAAUUGUGUUUAAUUUAUGUUCUCUACAGACAGAAGAUGGCAGAGAACUGCUGUUUUCUAUUUCUAUGGACAGAGAUGUGAAGUGUUGGGAUAUGGCAAACCUGGACUGCUGCUGGACUUUGCCGUCUCUCGGCGGCUUUGUCUAUAGUCUGGCUUUCUCACCCGUGGACACUGGCUGUUUAGCCAUAGGCGUAGGAGAUGGUAUGAUCCGGGUGUGGAAUACAAUGUCCAUAAAAAACAGCUAUGAUGUGAAAACCUUCUGGCAAGGCAUCAAAUCCAAAGUUACCGCGCUUUCCUGGCAUCCGACUAAGGAAGGUUGUUUGGCUUUUGGAACUGACGAUGGGAAAGUCGGAAUGUAUGACACCUACUGUAGCAAGCCACCUCAGCUCUCUAGUACUUAUCAUAAGAAGACUGUCUACGCAUUGGCCUGGGGCCCUCCAGUACCCCCUCUAUCAUUUGGAGGAGAGGGUGACAGACCCUCUGUGACCUUAUACAGCUGUGCGGGAGAAGGGAUCGUCUUACAGCACAACCCCUGGAAGUUAAGCGGAGAGGCACACGAUAUCAACAGAAUCAUAAGAGACACAAACUCAAUCAAAUACAAAUUGCCAGCGCAUACAGAGAUCAGCUGGAAACCAGAUGGCAAAAUCAUGGCUCUUGGCAAUGAAGAUGGAUCAAUUGAAAUAUUUCAGGCUCCAAACUUGAAAUUGCUGUGCACUAUCCAGCAGCACCACAAGCUGGUCAAUGCCCUCCGCUGGCAUCACGAACAUGGGGCCCAGCCAGAGCUGAGCUGCCUGUUAGCCUCAGGAUCCAACAACGCUGUCAUUUACGUGCAUAAUCUGAAGAGCGUAAUAGAGACCAGCCCCGAAACUCCGACAACAAUUACCGAGCCCUUCCGAACCCUUUCGGGGCAUACUGCUAAAAUCACAAGUCUGGCCUGGAGCCCCCAUCAUGAUGGAAGAUUAGCAUCUGCUUGCUAUGAUGGCACAGCCCAGGUAUGGGACGUCCUUAAGGAAGAGCCCCUAUGCAAUUAUCGAGGACACCAAGGACACAGACUUCUGUGUGUCCAGUGGUCACCAGUGGAUCCAGAUGCAGUCUAUUCAGGAGCCGAUGAUUUCUGUGUACACAAGUGGCUAAUUUCAAUGCAAGAGCAUACCCGACCACCUCAAGGCAAAAAGAGCAUUGAACUGGAGAAAAAACGGACCGCUCAGCCCAAGUUAAAGCUCAAGAAGAAGAAAAAGCUAAUGGGAAAGAUACCAACAAAACAGGAACUGAACGAAAUGGUGAAUGGAGGGGAGAAUGUCAGAGAGAGCUUGAUACCUGUAGAGAAUGGGGUGUCUGACCAAGAAGGUGAAGAAGAAUCAGACGAACAGACUAUUCCAAAUGGGAUCUCUUCCGGUGUUUCCAAGGAGCUACCUCUCCAUCCAUCGAUUUCCCCAGUGCCUGAAAAGCUGAAAUUUACCGCUUAUCCCAAAGUAGCUUUCGUAAAAAGGGAACUCCCUAAAGAGAAGCCGGAAGCCUCUCUGAAGAAGAAAAAGGCUCGUUCCUUCCUGCCUGUUAGCACAGCCUUGGACCACAGGUCAAAAGAGGAGCUUCAUCAAGACUGCUUGGUGUUGGCAACUGCAAAACACUCCAAAGACCUGAGUGAGGACUUGGUUGCCGAACUCAGGGAACGGAUUCAUUUGGGGCUCUUCACAGACAAGCCUGCCCUGUCCAGGAUGAUUGAGGUGGAGGGGAAGGGUCACCUGGAAAAUGGACACCCGGAGUUAUUUCACCAGCUGAUGCUGUGGGAAGGAAAUCUUAAGGGCGUGCUCCAGACUGCUAUCGAGAGGGGAGAGCUGACGGACCAAUUGGUAGCCAUGGCGCCCAUGGCUGGUUACGAGAUGUGGAAGAGGACCGUGGAAGCCUUUGCUAAACAGCUGUGUUUUCAGGAUCAGUACAUCAAAGCCGCCUCCCACCUCCUCUCCAUCCACAAGGUGCUGGAAGCUGUGGAGCUGCUGAAAUCAAACCAUUUCUACAGGGAAGCCAUUGCAAUUGCCAAGGCCCAGCUACCUCCGGAGAACCCGAUCUUGAAGGACCUGUACAGCAGCUGGGGAGCCGUCCUUGAGAGAGACGGACAUUAUGCGAUGGCAGCUAAAUGCUACUUAGGAGCUGGCUCUGCCUAUGAUGCCGCCAAGGUGCUGGCCAAAAAGGGGGACGUGGCCUCAGUUAGAACCGCGGCAGCUUUGGCUCUGAUCGCUGGAGAGAAGGAGCUGUCAGCGUCUUUCUCUUUCCGAUGUGCCCAAGAGCUCCUGGCAAACAGGAACUGGAUUGGCGCCCAGGAAGUUCUUCAGCACCAAGACAGUUUGCUGGGUCAGAGGCUGGUGUUCUGUCUUCACGAACUGUUCUCCAAGCACCUGGAAGAAAUCCGGCAACUAGAAUGGAAAUGCUCCUGCCCGCCUGUGUAUCACAGCUGGGCUACGGGAACAGGAGGCCCCUUUGUGGAGAGGGUGACUUCAGUAUGGCAGAGUACAUUUGGCUUAGACGCCGAGCAGUCGAGAGUGGCGUUUCAACAGCUAUGCAAUAUCGAGUACCCACCGGCCACGGGCAACACCCUCCUCAAACAGCUGCUACUUCACAUCUGCCACGACCUGACGCUGGCCGUGCUGAGCCAGCGGGCCGCCUCCUGGGACGAGGCCGUGAGGGCUCUGCUGGGGGCCGUGACGCGCAGCCACGAUGCCGGGAACUUCACCCUGAUGCGCAUCGUCUGUUCUCUCUUCCUUCCUGAAGGUUGCGAGCAUCUAAGAGACAGACGGAGCACCCCCAACUCCCCCGGCUCAGCCGCUUACCAAAGCCUGGAGGCCUUUGUGGUGUACGGCCAGCUGUACGAGCUCUGGUGGAACACGUCCCGUGGGCCCCUCCUCCAAGCCAAGGUUGGGGCGGAUCCCGUAGCCGGUCCCGGGGAGCCCGGCCGCCCCGCUGACGGCGAGGACUCCGAAGGGACGGGCUGGGGGGCCCCCGCUCCCCGGGAGGACCCCGUCCCCGCGGCAGCUGGAGCCCCCCCGGAACGGGAGGCGGCAGACGCUGCAGGAGAGCGGCUGAAACGGAGGGCUUUUGAAGUGUUGCUGUCGGAAGUGCACGCUGAUCUCCAGAGCACCCAGAGGGCCGUUGCUCAAGUCCAAGAGACUCUGACCGACUUGAUCCGCCAGCAUCAGAAGAACCAAAUCCGCAAAGCCACGGCAGACUGUGGGGAGGAGAGUGAGCCUUCUCAAGUGGAGGCCGACGGCCGCCCACCCGAGAGCCGCGAUGAGAAAGCAGAGAGGGAAUCAGUAUCGCUGCCUGAGCUGACGCAACGGCUUUCAGAAGCAAAUAAGAGACUGGCUGAAUUUCCCCCAAGCAUCAAGAUGUUUCCUUUUCCAGACGUGCUGGAGUGUUGCCUCUUAUUUGUUCACAUCGGACUGCAGUGUCCUUCGGACGAGAGUCUGGAGAUUCGGCAACACGCGCUGGAGCUCCUUCGAAAAUACGGCAGAAGUGAAGUUCACCGGAAAUACUGCCAGUCCUUUUGCAAAUGAGUUCUCCAAGAGGUUCGUCAGUUGAGGCUUAUUCAAGAUGCUUGUUAAUUUACCCUUUCUGAUGCUGCAGUGUGAGUCCCAUACUGGACACUUUCCCCCAGUUCAGCCCGAUUUUUUAGAAGGGCGAUGCACAACAGAAAACAAAUGAGCCAGGUUUUCAUCUUGGCCUCGUACUCUGGUCCAUAGUGGAUCCUGACUGUGCUUAUGGAAUUAAAAAUGAAGUACUUUGCCUUUA